GAUGCGAGAUUGAUCUUGGAGACCCGAUGAAAAUGGAGGAACAUGAAAAACCUUGCACCCAGACCAAGAAAGAAUGCCGGUCAAUCACCUUCCUCAUACUCUUUCAGUUUUUGUUCUCCUUAGUAAUUGUCUUCUACGUUCAAUCAUUCACUCUUGAUUCUUCCUUCCAUCCAAGUUCGAGUCCGAAGGCCAUUUUCCCCCAGUGCAAAACAGAGGCUGGUGCGUGGAACCAGACUAAGGUCAUCGAUGCCUUGGUUGACAAACUAAAGCAGUCGGUGACUUUCCUGCCCCUGAAGGACCUCAGGUUUUCAGAAUCUGCCAUGACAGGCAACACAUGGUUCAUGAGUUCAUUGAACGACACUCUGGAGGAGAAUGAAGCUGAACACUUGUAUUUCCCUUCAGAGGCAUCCCGAGGCCGGCUUCUUUGCCUGAAGGGACGUGACACAAGUGAUGGCACAAAAAAUUCCUAUGCAUUGGCAUGGAAAGAGAGUCUACCUGAAUCAGCCAUUCUCUUGGAAGGCCUUACUUUUAUAUCAGACACCUACUUCAAUCACGAUAACUUGUGGCAUGGAGUAUCUGCUGCGGCCCCUUUCGUGAGAUGGUCUAUGAAGAAUGGGUGCUCGAGGCCAAGUAGAUGGGUGCUGUUUCACUGGGGAGAACUCAGGCACAAAAUGGGAUCGUGGCUUGGGCACUUGAUGCAAAUAAACUAUGGGGAUGUUAAGGUGGAAGGAUUUGAUAAAGGAGAUGGACCUUACUGCUUUGAGAAGGCUCUUGUGAUGAGGCAUGAUACAGGAGCAAUGGGAUCGGAGAGCAAAUUGAAGGCUUUUGACUUGUUACGCUGCAAGGCCAGAAAGUUUUGUGGCUUCAACCAAGUAAGAAGAGGGAUAGAGGUCCAUGAAAGAGGUUUACCACUUAUCAAGUUCACUCUGCUAAUGCGACGAGGCUCGAGGUCUUUCAAGAAUGCAACGGCUGUGAGAGAGAUAUUCGCAAAAGCUUGCGCUGCAGUAGAAGGAUGCCAGUUCGAUGUGGUUCAGUCGGAAGAUCUAAGCUUCUGUGAUCAGGUGCUUGUAAUGAGCAAGAGCGACAUUGUGGCAUCUCCACACGGGGCUCAGUUGACGAACAUGUUCUUCAUGGAUAGGAACAGCAGCAUUAUGGAAUUCUUCCCAAAAGGAUGGCUGGAGCAUGCAGGAGUAGGCCAAUAUGCCCACCACUGGCUGGCAAAUAUGUCAGGAAUGAAACACCGAGGGGCGUGGUGGGAUCAAAACGGCCAAGAGUGCCCGAAUCCCAAAGAUGAACUUCAAUGCUUUUUCUUCCACAAAGAUGGACAAGUUGGUCACAACAAAACCUACUUUACCGAAUGGGCCAAAAAGGUCCUUCACGAAGUGAGGCAUGAGAAAUUGGAAGAAGCUACCAAAAGGCAGGUAGAUGAUGAUCGGCAGCUCACUUCAAAAGCCUGUGCUUGCUAGUCAGUCAAUUUUGGCAACAGGCACCGGGCCACGAAAGCAAGAAACAUCAAAUAAGCAAGCAACUAGCAAGAGUUGACAGUCGUUUAAGCAAACUACAGAUGAAUAUUCCAUUCAUACUGCAUAAAGCAUAGAAUUUGAUGGCAAGAACACAUUUGGUUAUACAUCAGUUCCUCUUUCUUGAUUGCUCGGCCACUAAACAAAACUUUAACAGUAGAGUAAGACAAUUCUCUCACACAGUAGUCUCUCAUUAGGCAGCCUAAACACAGAUUUUCUACUUUUUGGCAGGAGGAUUGGAAAUGAAAAUGCUUUUCUAGCAACUCUGUCAAUACAAGUAGCAUUACUAUCAUGGAGAUGAUUUACAUUUGACACAUGCUGCGUUCUCUAAGACUAGAUCCCUUGUGACAUGGUCUUGAAACAAUUGACAUGAGAAUCUAUCCCAAAAACAAUCUGCCGUCAUCUUCUUGAGAACUUGGAUAAGAAGUAGA